AUGCUUUCUUCAAAUGGCUCCAAAACGACGACAUAUGGCUUCUACUUCCAAUACGAUAGUACCCUGUCGUUCACGUCGAUCACGCAGGAGUUCACUUUUGGAAGAGAUACCAACAUUGCCUUUUAUUAUGACUGUGGGAAUUGUACCUGCAUAUUUCUUCCUUACCCUCUUCGUCCGCCUAAUGUGCUUAUGAAAUUCUACGAAGACGAUCACUUCAUGCAUAACAUAAGAGCGUAUAAUUCCAUGUUCUCUAUGACGUCUUUUGGUGCAAACGAAGACGACUCAAUCAACAAAGGUCGUGCACCAUAUGUGUUUAAGGUUAGUGGUCAGAUAUACCACUGGAUAGGAUCUUUUUAUCCUCAAGACAUUCAUCAACCCCGUUUUCUCCAAUUGUACAUUUGUGAUACUGAAAAUGAGGUUGAUAAUAGACUUCAUUCGUUUCAUGGUGUGGGGGAAGUACUUUUAUCUGAAAAUGUUGUAGAUUCCUUAAGUCAUAUGUUACAUACACAUACUGAGUAUGUUCAUACAUUUAAGACAACGAAAGAAAUAGCUCGGUCGAUGAAUUUAGAUUCAUAUGGUGUACGUUUAUUUAAUGUUGUACCUGACAGAAGAUAUGGGCCACCGGCCCUUGGAAGUUUAGGUUGUAUUGUUUGUGGUGAUGACAUUACUGGGGCUGUCUAUGACAUUGUUGUCUAUUCAAAAUCUGGGUCACCUCGUCGUGUCAGUAAACUUCAUCCUACUUACAUGCCUUUGCAAUAUCCAUUACUAUUCCCAUACGGUGAAGAAGGAUGGUCUCCUACCUUGCAUCUACGUAUUAACUCUAACAGAAGUUUAACAAAUAAUAUGCUUGACUUUAUUGAACAACAUCAGCAACAAUUACGUAUAGAGUACAUCAACGGUGUUUACGACGCUUUGUCCAAAGGUGAUACAGAUAGUCGUGUCAUUGGAAAACGUGUAUUUCUACCUGCAACUUUCGUUGGGGGACCUAGGUAUAUGUAUAAACACUAUCAGGAUGCUCUUGCCAUUUGCAAGGUUCAUGGUAAGCCACAAUAUUUCGUCACUUUCACAUGCAAUGUUAAAUGGCCUGAGUAUAGAAGAUACAUGGAUGCUAUUGGUCAACGAGAUAUUCAAAACAGACCAGAUAUCUUUGCACGCAUCUUUAAAAUCAAAGUUCGUGCUUUCAUUAACUUCUUUAAAGAUGACAAAACUUUUGGAGAUAUCUUUACACCAUUGAAUUCCAAAAAAGGGGUUUACCACAUUGUUAUACAUUAUUAUGGGUUACAUCACUCAUUAGAAUUGAAGAAGGUGCAGAUAUUGAUAAAUACAUUACCGCAGAGCUUCAUGACCCUACACUUGAACCAGCACUAUAUAGGACUAUUACUACAUGGUCCUUGUGGUUCACUGAAUAUUGGUGCCCCAUGUAUGGUAGAUGAUAAAUGUGUUCAACGGUUUCCUAAACCGUUCAAUCCAUUAACAACUUUUGAUGAAAAUGGUUACGUGCAUUAUACAAGACGUGUUGGAUCGUAUCAUGUCUUACAAAGUGGGAUUAGAACUGAUAACGGCUUUGUAGUGUCGUACAAUAAACGUUUGUGUAGUCGCUUUGAUGCUCACAUCAAUGUAGAAUAUUGUGGAUGGAAUAUGAUGAUUAAGUACUUAUUUAAGUACAUUUCAAAAGGGGUUGAUCGCGUUCGUUUCACUAUUCAAACAUCAGAGGCAAAUACUACUGCUUCUUCCUCUACCAUACCUGUCGUUGUAAAUGAAAUCAAGUCGUUUCUUGAUGGUCGGUAUAUAUGUCCACACGAAGCAGCAUGGCGAAUCCUCAAUUUUCCCAUUCAUGAACGAGAUCCACCUGUACAAGUCUUGGUUGUACAUUUAGAGGGGAUGAAACCUACUAUUUUCAAAGAAAAUAGUCAAUUAGGCUCUUUAAUUAAUACCCCCAAUUUUGGUGUUACAACUUUAACAGAAUGGUUGCACAAUAAUCAACAUGAUUUUCGUGGAAUUGACUUGACAUACAAUGAUUACCCUUCUAAAUAUAGUUGGGACACCAAAGAUAAGAGAUGGAUUCAUAGGACUACCACAAUAAAUACUACCAUUGGCAAACUUGCAUAUGUACAUCCAACUGUUGGGGAGUUAUUUUAUCUAGGAAUUUGA